CGCUCGCUUUUGUUGGCUUUGGCGCCUCGGUGCUAUAUAAGCCGCGGCGGAGAGGAGGGCCAGAGCUCGCGGCGGAAAGUCUGCGGGGUCGGCGGGUGCGUCCUGCCUGCCUGCCUGGAAGAAAACUCGGUUUGGAGAGGUUUGCUGGCGCACCAUGGAGAUGAAGAAACGGCUCACGUUGGAGCUCCGAAACAAGAAGCCGAGCGAGGUAAAGGAGCUGGUUUUGGACAACUGUCGCUCAGACGAUGGGAAGAUUUGCGGUCUCUCCUCUGACUUCGAAAACCUCGAAUUCCUCAGCAUGAUCAAUGUGAACCUCCUCUCUGUCUCCAAUCUCCCUAAGCUCAAUAAACUUCGUAAGCUGGAGCUCAGCGACAAUCGCAUUUCUGGGGGCCUGGAAGUCCUUGCAGAGAAAACCGCAAACCUGACACACUUGAAUCUUAGCGGGAACAAAAUCAAAGACAUAAAUACCUUGGAACCACUGAAGAAACUCCCUCACCUACGGAGCUUGGACCUUUUCAACUGCGAAGUGACGACGCUGAUCAACUACCGCGAGAGCAUAUUUGCCCUCCUCCCCCAGCUCACUUACCUGGACGGCUUUGAUACGAACGACAAAGAGGCCCCCGACUCAGACCCGGAGGUGGAUGGGCUGGAUGACGAGUAUGACGAAAAUGGAGAGGAAGGUGAAGAAGAAGAUGAGGAGGAGCUGGAUGAAGAUGUUGUUGAUGAAGAAGAAGAAGAAGAAGAAGAUGAUCUGGAUGGCGAAGAGGAGGAGGAUGGGGUAGAUGAUGAAGACGAAGAUGAGGAGGAGGAAGGAGAGGAGGAAGACUAUGAAGAAGAUCUCCGACGGGGGGAGAAGCGGAAACGAGAGGUUGAAGGCGAGGGAGAGGACGAUCCUGAUGAGGAGGAGGAAGACGACUGACUGCGCCUGCCCUUCUUAGCCAAUCCGUUUUACGGACUGUGACUUUUCUGGCUCCUGCUGUUUUCUCCCAAGUGAGACUGUGACGACAAAUUUCUUCUUUCACAACCCCACCCCACCUCUAGCGUUGCUUCCCAGCCCACCCCACCCCCUUUGUAUCGCUGGAACACCCACAGUAUAUUUUUUUAAGAUGUAGAAUACAGUUUAGGUGUGUCAGGA